AUGUCUGGGAACGGAAGAUUGGCCGGGAAGGUCGCGAUUGUCACAGGAGGCGCAAGCGGAUUCGGAGCCGCCAUCACAACAUUGUUCGCCCAAGAAGGCUGCAAUGUCCUCCUUUGCGAUUUGAACGAAGAGCUGGCACAUACCGUUGCCAAGCCGUAUGCAGAAUCUAAGCAGGUCCAGGUCUGCCACAUGGACGUCACGAAGGAAGAGGCGUGGACCAGAGCUGUGAAGGCUUGCCUAGACAAUUGGGGGGGAAUUGAUAUUCUGGUCAACAAUGCCGGGACAAGCUAUAGGAACAAGCCCACGCUAGACGUCACCGAAGCGGAAUUCGACCUCGUCUUCAAGGUUAACGUAAAGAGCAUCUUCUGGUCCGUCAAAACCGUCGUCCCACAAUUCAAGAAACAAGGCCGCGGCGGAAGCAUCAUCAACAUCUCCAGCAUUGGUGCCGCCCGCCCACGUCCCGGUCUUGUCUACUACAACGCCACGAAAGGCGCCGUCUCCAACGCUACCAACGGUCUUGCGUCUGAGUUUGGCGCUGAUCAAAUUCGUGUGAACGAUAUCCGCCCCCUGCUCUCCGGGACCGGCCUCUUCGAGAGCUUCGUCGGCGUCCCCGACACGCCGGAGAAUCGGGAGAAGUUCACAGGGCAGGUGCCGAUGGGGAGGCUUACCGAUCCUUUGGACAUCGCGAAAGGGGCUUUGUUCUUCGCGAGCGAUGAUAGCAAGUUCGUCACGGGUGACUCGCUGGUGAUUGAUGGUGGAAAAAGCAUCUAG